CAGAAUUGGUACAUGGCAAGCCACCAGCAGGAGUGCCAUUAAAGCCAGCGGUGAAGAGCGGUGGCAGCCCAGAGACCAGGCGACGAGGGUCCGUGCAAGAUGAAGGUGUUUCUGUCUCUUCUGUUGGUUGCUGUUGCUUGCAUAGGGUUUGUGCAAGCCUUGCAAUGUUACACUUGCCAAGAUCCUACUGUUUUUGAUAAGUGUAUGACGAUUCAGAACUGCACGAAGAAUGAAACCAUGUGCAAGACUACUAUGUAUUCCGUGGAGGAUGUUUAUCCCUUUGUGGGAGUCUCGACCGUCACCAAGAUGUGCUCUUCUGUCUGCAUCCCAUCCGACGUGGACGGGAUUGGCAUGACGCGCCCCGUCUCCUGCUGUUACUCUGAUUUGUGCAACACUGACGGUGCAGCUAGUUUGGGGGUCAGUUUUGUGCCAGUUGGGAUGCUAGCAAGUUCCCUCUGUGCCUUUUUCUGGACUAGACUGUGAGGAGCUGAUGGGGAGGUCGUUUGCGCUGAAGAACCCCAUGAAGAAGACAAUAAACCCCUGCCAGCCCAGCUUUCUGUUUGGAUGCCUCAUGGACAAUCCUCAACAGCUCCCGGAAAUUGCUUUUUUAGCACCAACCUUUUUUUCCACAACCAAGAGAGAAGCAAAACUCAGGAAGUCCUGACAAAUUUUUGAAUCAACUCUUCAACAGCUCCCACAAAACUAUGGAGUUUCUUUGCUGUGCUGCUCUUGUUGGUUUUGAACUAAAAAAUUCUGCUGUGUGAAGUAUAUUUAAAGAAAAAACCUUGCUCUGAGAGCCUUCCUGACCUCCUUAGAGCAUUUUGCCCCCCAGGUGUUAGCCAGUAGGACAGUUGAAUUAGCCAGUCUUCUCAGAUGAAAUCCAAUUAUGUGGCAGUUCCUCUCCAACCCACAGUUUUGAGCUGGCUCUUUGUUCUAUCUAGAUCUCCUUCUUUGUACACAAGAAAUUAAGGAGACACUUCUGUGUCCAAAAUAUGAGACAGGAGACUAAACUUUCCAUGCCAGUGAUCUGAUCCAAGGAGGCUAAAAUAUUUGUUUUCUGUACCCUUUUGAGCAGAAUAAAAAGAAUGUUGUGUUAAAA